GUUCACAUUUCUCUUUCUUGUUUGCUGAGUAGUUCAAAAAAUCUGCAUCCAAUUAAUGAUAGCUUCUUCCUUCUAUGGAAGUGAUAAGAAGAUGAGAGUUGCAGUAGCACAGCGUUUGCAAAGAUUUGUGAAUCGAUUUAGCAACAAGUAAAAGUGUAGGAACACCAAGAAAGCUAUGAACUUUAUAAGAUGCAGUAAGGUUUCGAUGGCCAGGAUGCAGCGCUUUCUUUUCCAGUUCCUAAACAUACUAGCAGCAAUAUCCAUCGUUCAUUGUCAGUCAGGUGAUUCCUUGACUCCAAAUAGCUCGCUCAGAAAUGGCCAGAGCUUGACUUCUCCCGGAGGUAUAUUCCAGCUCGGCUUCUUCACUCCCAUCAGUGGCUCAGUACAGGGAUACAUAGCGAUAUGGUACAACAAUUCCUCUGUCACGGAACGCAAAGUAGUAUGGAUUGCCAAUAGGAACCAGUCCGUCAACACCUCCACUUCGAUACUCAACUUCACCUCCCAUGGAAAUCUAAUCCUUUUCGACAAAGGAACUGAUGUUUCAUGGUCGACCGGGACAUCCACAGCUCAAAAUUCAGCACAACUGCAGCUUAAGGACUCCGGCAAUCUCGUCCUGACCGUUGCUGGCGGCAGUGACGGCAACGGUGGAUCGAAGGAGACUCUGUGGCAGAGCUUCGACCAUCCGAGCGACACUCUCCUACCCGGCAUGAGGCUCGGAGUUGACUACCGAACCAACACCUUGUGGCAGCUCGUGUCGUGGAAGAGCGUCACCAACCCUUCUCCGGGCAGCUACGCCUUUAAGAUGGAGACUCGAGGAGUUCCAGAGAUCUUCCUCUGGAAUGACUCCUCUAAAAUCUUCCGAACGGGUCCUUGGAACGAUAAGGGAUCAUUCAGCGGCAACCCAAGGAUGAAGAACAGAGACAUUUCGAGCCAAUUAGAGUUCAAUUUCGUGUCCAACAGUUCUAUGGUGUACUACUCGACUCAAUACAAGGUUGGGUGGUCGGUGCUGACUCGGGCAGUGAUGAACGCCUCCGGCCAAUACGAGCGGUGGAACUGGGAGAGCGGCGGCUGGUUGCACUUCUGGAGCGUGCCUGAGGAGGACUGCGACAGGUACGCGAGCUGCGGGCGCAACAGCAUCUGCACCUGGGACUACUCCAUCAAAUCUUGUGAUUGCUUGGAAGGCUUCGCGCCGGCGCCGAAGAAUGGAAGCCUCGGAUGCGACAGGAAGAAGCCGUUGAGCUGCGCGUCGAACAGAGUCUUGAAGGUCAUCGCGAAGCUGCCCGACACAGAGAACGCCACGAUACGAGGCCUGAUGAGCCUGGGUGCGUGCAACGACGUGUGCACCAACGACUGCUCCUGCGUGGCGUACGCACUAGUUGGGGAAAACGGGUGCGUCACUUGGGAAGGCGAUUUACUGGAUCUCAGGAAUUUUCCCGAUGGAGGGGAUGUUUUAUAUAUCCGCCUUGAAGGGUCUUCAAGGCGCAGUAAGCUUGUUUGGGAGAUAGCCGUUCCUGUGUUCCUGGCAUUUCUGCUACUCUGUAUUGUGUUCUUUUGGAGGAGAAGCAGAGCAGGGAAACAAGACUGCAAUGAGACUGGUCCAGAAACCUCCUCCGUCAGGGACGAUACCAGCUUGUUGACGUGCCCGUCCAAGGGGGACAGGGGCGACUGUCGUAGCCUCUCGCCAAUGGCUUUUGAUGUAUCAGAUUCGAGGUCGAGGACGAUGACGAUGACGAUGACGAGGUCGAGAUCGAGAUCCAGGUCCAUCAACUCUGAGACUUAUGGUCCAUCUAAUGAAGGAGCAGGUCGGCUCGACAUCUUGGAGGCUCUGCCUUCCUAUGAUCUGUCUACGAUAAAGGCUGCAACAAAUGAUUUCUCUAUCGACAACAAACUUGGUGAAGGAGGAUUUGGUGUGGUUUACAUGGGUCAAUUGCAACACGGACAAAAGAUUGCCGUGAAGAAAUUAUCCAGACAUUCUUCUCAGGGCUCAAGUGAGUUCCACAAUGAGCUCUCGCUUAUUUCCAAGUUACAACACAGAAAUCUUCUUCGUGUCCUUGGCUCCUGCAUUCAAGGAGAUGAGAGACUUAUCAUCUUAGAAUACAUGGAGAACAAGAGCUUAGAUGGCUUCAUUUACGAUAAAACUAAAGGCACAUUGCUUAGUUGGCAAAUGCGGCUUGAGAUUAUAAAUGGCAUUGCCCGGGGACUUUUAUACCUACAUCAAGACUCUAUCUUAAGAAUCAUUCAUAGAGAUCUCAAGCCGAGCAAUAUUCUCCUAGAUAAAAAUAUGACUCCAAAGAUUUCUGAUUUUGGUAUUGCAAGAAUAUUCGAAGGUGAUGGAGCUCCUAUGAAUGCAACCACAAGACCAAUUGGAACAUUAGGAUAUAUGGCGCCGGAGUACUUAGCAAAUGGACUUUUUUCAUUUAAAUCAGACGUAUUCAGCUUUGGUGUCUUGGUAUUAGAAAUCUUGAGUGGCAAGAGGAACAUAGUGUUCAAUCAAACAGAUAUGAGCUCAAACCUUUUAGUACAAGCAUAUAGACUAUGGAAGGAUGGUAGAUCACUUGAGCUUCUUGAUGAUGCACUAGAUUGCUCGUAUCCUACCACUGAAAUCCUACGUUGCAUCCGGAUGGCUCUUUUAUGUGUGCAAGAAAAUACUGAAGACCGGCCCACAAUGGCUGAAGUUGUAAUGAUGUUGGCUAGUGAGGACCAACUUCUUACUCCACUUAAGCAGCCAUUAAUAAGAUCAAUGGCCUAUGAAAGAGGCUUCACAACUCAAGAAAUGAGCAUUACAAUGACAGGUAGAUGAAAUGUGUUAAUCGCCUUUAAAAUAAUCAAUUGUUUAGACAUCUUUGAUGUGAGCAGUUAUAAAUUAUCUGACCAUGAGCAAUACAUGGCUCUUGGAUGUAAUACAUUAGAAUUUAUAUUUUGUAUGUAUGUUGAUCAUCUUAUAAUAA